AAAACUCAUUGCUAUGAAGAACUGAUUGUGUUGGAGAGAGAGAACCUCCGGAAAUCUAUGGAGAAACUCAAAGCUGGUGCGUCUCAUAUCAUAACCUGCACUCGUCAAUUGAAAGUGGUUGAAGCCAACAUUGGCAAGAGGUCCCGAGAGCUAGAGUUAAAAGAGAAGAAGCUGCAAACUUUGAGCUCAGAUCUUGAUAAAAGGGGUAAUAAUUUUGAAGCCACUGUUAAGAAGAGGGUUCGAGAGCUAGAGUUUAAGGAGAAGGAGCUGAAAAGUUUGAGCUCAGAUCUUGAUAUAAGGGUUACAAAUUUUGAGAGAGAAAAGUCUGAAGCUGGUAACUUGAAGAAAUUGGUGAAAGAAUGCACCGAGGAACUAAGGUUAAAGAGAAAUGAACUGACUGCGAAGCUGGACAUAUCGACAAGGAUUCAGAGAGAGAUAGAGUCAAAGAAAGAACAGCUGGGACAGGUUCUAGGUGAGCUCCGAAGGCUUUGCAGAGAGGCUAGUACGGUUCAAAUCCGUAAUAAAGAGAUGGAAGAGGAGACAAAUAGAAAGAAGAAAGAAUUGGCCCCGAUUCUGGACCAAAUCAAAGAAGCUGGGAAGCACCUUGUGAUGCUCAGUGAGAAACUUGAGUCUCAGCGGAGACUGCAUGAGGUUCAGUCAUCGGAGCUAGAAUCAGAAGAGAGAGCGUUGGAACGUGUGAGAGAAUCCAUACAGUUUUGCAACUCUGAGCUUGAUCUGAAAGAGAACAAGGUACAAUCAUUAAACAGCUGUCUUACAGUUUGUGUUCAAGAGACUGACUCGAAAUCCAAAGAAUUGGGGGACAUCCAAAAGCUGAUUGAGCAACGAACCAGUGAGCUUCUUGUUAUGCAUAAUCAGCGUGAUGCGUUCAAGCUGUCUAUCCAGGAACUCUCUGAAGAGCUUGUCACUAAAGAGAAGAUGCAUAACGAGAUUUUGGAGACGAUCAGCAGAAGCUCCUCUGAAAUGGAAGAAACGGCUAAAGAGGUUAAAGCAGCAGAGACUCAAGCAAGUGAUUUGAAUGCAAGGUCUGAACGGUUUAGGCAGGAGAUCAAAGGUAAAGAAAAGGAAUUAUCUCUGCUUAUGAAUCAGAUAGAGUCAGAAGGAAAAAAACUCGUUCAGUUUAAGAGAGAAAUGCAAGAGGAGACAGAUAGCAGGAAGAAAGAUUUGGUACUAAUUCUUUCCCAAAUUGAAGAAUCUGGCAGGCAGCUUGCGGAUGUGGUUGAGCAACUGGAAUCGCAUGGGAGAUUGCUUGAGAUUAAGUCAGUGGAGCUAGUUUCUAAAGAGAUGGAGUUGGAAUUUGUUGGGGAAUCAAGCAAGCGCUUCAUAUGUGACCUUGAGGUGAAAGAAAAGAGGCUCCAAGCAUUAAACAAUCUGAUAACGGUCUCUGGUGAACAGCUUGACUUGAAAUCAAAAGAACUGGGAGAAAUCCAAAAGUUGAUUGAGGAAAAAACAAAUGAACUUUGUGUACUUGCUGAAGAGCUUCAUGUAGAAGAGAAGCGACAUAUGGAGAUUUUAGAGGCUAUCUGCAGAAGUUCCUCUGAGAUGGAAUCAGCAGAGACUGAGACAAGGGUUUUGAGUGUAAAGUCUCAAAGUUUAAGGAGAGAGGUUGAAGAUAGAGAAAAGGAACUGGAUCGGCUUAAGAAUCAGAUCAAUUCAGGUGAAAGCAAACUCCUUCAGCUUAGGAAAUCUAUCCAAGAUUGUACGACGGAACUGAGUUCAACAAGAGUUCAAGUGGAGGCAAUGAAGAAUACUCAAAGAGAAGUUGAGUUAAAAAAACAGCUGAGACAAAAGAGCACCGUGGUUCUUAAGAAUGAGCAGCAGCCAGCUUCAGCACCUAUCAAUGACACCAACCAACAAAAUGCAAGAGAAACUGAAGCGGUUAUUGAAGAUGUUCUCAUGGAUCAUGGAAACUCAGCUCUUCUUGAGCGCCAUGAAGUCUCUAGUGUUCUCAGAGGUUCACUUAAUCCAGCAGAAUUUGUUCUGGAACUAGUGCAGGAAGAAAUUAGAGAAGAAGUGGAUAUACAUGACUCAUUGGUGGAGAAUUGGGUACUUCUUUUUGAGGAGCUUGCAAAAAUUCAGAGAGAAGACGAUCCUGAACUGCGGCCCAAGGCCAAAACGGUGGCAACUCUGUGGAAGAGGAAGAUGAUAAUGGAAGCUCCAAAGUCAUCUCUAGAGGCCUUGGCCUUUCUUCUGUUCACUGUGGCAUUCGGACUAGGGGAAUUGAUCAAUCAAGAAGAAACUGCUCUGCUUGCUUCGUCUGUUGCUCAAUACGAACAUGCUCCAACACUCUUUAACUCUCUCAAGCUUGACAUCCCAGAGAUUGUUGAAUAUCUCAUCACCAAACGCCAGUAUAUUCCUGCAGUCCAGCUUAUAUGUGCUUUUAAGCUCGAUAAAGACUUUCCAGCCUCACAUCUCUUAACGAAAGUGAUCAUGGAUUUAAGAUGGUCUGCCUUGGAAAGGAGACCAGCAGAAUCCUCCCAGGCUAAAGAGAAAGAUGGUGCAAGAUUGAAAGCUAUACUUGAACUUGUGGAAGAUUAUAAGCUCGAAGUCAGUCUCCCAGGGGACCUCAUCGCCAAGCUCAUGAUACAAAGAGAAAACUCAACUCCUCUAGUUCAUUACUCUGCGAGGCAUCGCACCUCUUCUGCAUCAAAUCCACAGGCUAAGUUUUGUAAUGUGGCUUCUGCUCAAGUUUCAAGUGCGAGUCUUCGGGUUCCAAAACCUGAGAAUAAAAGAGAUCAGAAAGGAAAUAGAAAAGUGUUAGAUGAAAGCCCCGUGGGCCUAUCAGUUGUCCGACGGGAUGGUCGCUUUCUUUUAGCGCAAUCUCCCUCCAUUUUAAUCGUCUUUUCUUCUUCCUCCUCCAGUGAGCACUGCGCACAACUCCAAAUCAGGCUCAGAUUGUUAGCGUUGAAAAUUUCAGAGACAAAAUCUCUCAGCAAAUCAAUGGAGAAACUCAAAGCUGAUGCCUCUGGGAUAUUGUACUGCGUCAGUCAAUUGAAGAGUAUGCACAAACAUAAUGAGAUGGUUGAAGCCAAUAUUAAGAAGAGGUCCCGAGAGCUAGAGUUAAAGGAGAAGGAGCUGCAAAGUUUGAGCUCAAGCCUUGAUAAAAGUGUUAGAAUUUUCGAAAAAGAAAAAUCUGAAGCUGGUGAUUUAAAGAGAUUGGUGGAAGAAUGCGUCGAAGAACUGAGGUCAACGAGAAACGAGUUGACUGCUAAGCUGGACUAUUCGGCAAGGAUUCAGACAGAGACCGAGUUGAUGGAGAAACAGUUGGGACAGUACAAGAAAGAAAUGGAAGAGGAGACAGGUAGAAAGAAGAGCGAGUUGUCACUGGUUCUUGACCAGAUUAAAGAAUCUGGGAAGCUGUUUGUGACGGUGGAUGAGCAACUAGAGUCCCAACAGAGACUCCUUAAGCUUCGGUCAUCAGAGCUGGAACGUGUGAGGGAAUCAAUCAAGCUUUGCAAUUCUGAUCUCGAGCUGAAACAACAGAUGGUACAAUCACUAAACAAUCAGGUAACGGUUUGUGAUCAAACCAUUGCCUCCAAAUCUAAAGAAUCGGGGGAUAUCCAGAAGCUGAUUGACCAAAGAAACAGUGAGCUUGUUGCUAAAGAGAAGCAACACGAGAAGAUUUUGGAGGCUAUUUGCAGAAGCUCCUCUGAAGUGGAAGAGAUGAAAGCAGCAGAGACUGAGUUAAACGUAAGGCUUGAAAGGUUUAGGCAGGAGAUCGAAGGUAAAAGAAAAGAACUAAGUCUGCUUAAGAAUCAGAUAGAGUCAGAGGAAAAGAAACUUGAACAGCUUCACUCGAAAUCAAAAGAAUUGGGAGAAAUUCAAAGAGAACUCAAGUUAUUGAAACAGUUGAGGCGAGUGAGCACUGUGGUUGUCAAGCGUGAGAAGCAGCCUGCUGCAGCACCUACCAGUGACACCAGGCGACAUAUUUCAGCAGAAACUGAACCGCUUGAUGAAGAUGAUCUCAUGCCUCAUGGAAUUACAGGGUCUCUUACGGGCCAUGAAGUCUCCAGCAUUCUCAGAGAUUCACCAAAUCCAGCAGAACUAGUUCUGGAACUGGUGCAGGACGAAAUUAGAGGAGGGUCGGGUUUACAGGACUCGUUCUUGGAGAUCUGUGUUCUUCUUUUUGAGGAGCUCGCCAAAAUUCAACGACCGGGCAAGUCUCAACUGCAGCUCAAGGCCAGAGAAGUGGCAGCUCUAUGGAAAGAGAGGAUAACUAUCGAAGCUCCGAAAUCAUCUCUCGAGGCCUUGGCCUUUCUGCUCUUCAUUGUGGCAUAUGGAUUAAAGACACUGAUCAAUGAAGAAGAAACUGCUCUACUUGCUUCGUCUGUUGCUCAAUACGAACAGGCUCCAAGACUCUUCAACUAUCUGAGUCUCAACCCGAAGCUCCGAGAGUUUGUGAAAGAGCUCAUCGAGAAAAGCCAAUAUAUUCCUGCAGUUCGGAUUAUAUGUUUGUUUAAGCUUGACACAGAGUUGUCAUUCUCACCCUCAGAGCUCUUAAAGAAAGAGAUCAUCAAUUUCAGACGGCCUGCCCUGGAAAAUAGAUCCACCGAAUCCUCCCAGGCUAAAGAGACAGAUGGUGAAAGAUUGAGAGCGAUAAUUGAACUCGUGGCAGAUUAUAAGCUUGAAGUAGAUAUCCCAGGGGACCUCAUCGCCAAGCUCAUGGUUCAAAGAGAGAGCUCGACUCCUCUGGUUCGUUGCUCUGUGGAGCGUGACACCUCAUCAAAUCCACAAGCUGAGUUGAAGAAGAAACAGACGAACACUGUGCUUGUGAAGCAUAAUGGUGUAAAGGAAGAGAAUAUUGUUAUGUCAUCUGAUGUUAAUUCGAUCAAUGAAACUGCCAUGGCCAAGGAUCCUCCAAUCAUCUACACAUACCAGAGGAGAGGGAACUGAAGAAAAGCUUACACUCAAAAGGAGGGAUUACUAAUUAAUUCAAGUGUUACCAUCUAAGUGUUAAAAUAACCCUAGUUAUAUAUGACUGUUUGUUAUAAUCCUAUGAUGGUCUUUAAGGCUAACUAGUAGAAACUUUUGUAACCAGUCGCGUUGAAUUAUGACAAAUUUAGUCACUUUGGAGAGAAUUUUUUACUGUGACUAGUUAAUAGUCAUCAUGUACAUGAAUGUGUGAAACAAAAUUACUAUGGUUUAGGAGUAUAAUGUGGUGGACAAGAAGAUAAUUUUCAUUA